UGAGGCCCUCAGGUGCUGCUAGGAGAACCCAUGGAGCCAGACGCCGCCCCCCUUCACUCCUCCUCGCCACCUCCACCAAACGAUGCCGGCGAGGAGGAGGCGGGAUCACCGGAGCAGGACGAGGAGUUCGGGGGGUUCUCCGUCGUGGUGUCCUGCUCUCAUCCCGUCUAUGCCGAUCCCACUGAUUCACCGUCCACGCUCAGGCAGCCGUGUGCCACCUCAAAGCCAGCCGCCCGCCAGCCCAACGGGGGCCUUAAUCUCCCAGUUGAACAGUCCCAACCCAGGUGCUCCGUGGAGCGGAGGGAUUGUAAUGCAGCCCCCCGCGUGCACCUCACAAACGGGUUCUUUGGCGGAGACCCCGGCUCUGGGACUCACCCAGCCCCUGCGGUGGGCGGAUGCUCUCCCCGAGAAGAAACCGGGUUUGCCGAUUUCACCGUGUUUGCAGAGCAGGCGGCGCAUCCCUGGUGCUGUGGCUUCAGUCCCGCGGGGGGCAAAGAGCGCUGGGACGUCCGCGUGCGGCGCUCCACCAGCGGUGCUGCCCACGCGAUCGGAGGUCCAGUUUGCACAAAGGUCGAGCACUGUGAGAGAAGAGGUGCAGCACUCGAUGGAGCGCCUCAGGAAGCUGCAGCAGUAGACUUUCCCCUCGAAGAGCUUCACCCUGCGUUGUGGGACGGGAGGGACAGUUUCAGUUCUUCACACUCCGCAGAGAUGGACGGCGGGAGAGAAACGAGCAUCUCCGCCCUCCCCCGAACGCUCGGCGUGUACGCGUCCGCUUCAGAGGACGUGGCGUCCGUCUCUGACGAUCUGUCCUUUGAGUGUCCUUCGGCGGACUUGGAACCGAACGUCUCGUCUCUCUUUUGCCAAGAGGACCAGACCGAUUGGGACCAGACCGACGACGACGGGGACGAGCUGGAAGACUACGGGCGCUGUGACCUCCCCGACAGCAUGGCGCCUCUCCGACAGUCUGAGGCCGUGAGCGGCUUUCAUCACUGUGACACGUCCGCAACUCAGGAAACCUGCGCUACCUCCAAGCCGUCUCCACCUUCAGACCGCGGCUCUGAGCACCGCGGGGACGCGGGGUGUCUCCGUCCGGGAAACCUCCCGCUGAGCGACAGUUUCGCAGAUUUCUGCUCGGCGCCCACGCGGGAGGAUGGAGAGGGGUCGUGGGCGGAGUUCAAGGACCAGAGGCCUCUGGAGGAGAACCCUGGGACGCGGUCCAGAGAGCCAGGCAGCAUCCUGCAGGACGGGGAGGGGGGCUGCGGGAGGAACAGCUGUCAGGCGUCACUGUCCUGCCGGAUCCAGCAGCUUCUCCUGGCCAGUUUUCCGGAGGUAGAGGUCCCAGCUGUGGAAGGCGAGGAGGAGGUGCUCGCCCUCUGCGCUCUGCUUCACGCCCAACUCCUCCCUGAGGAGGAGGAGAUGAAGAAGAUACCUGAAUUCUGCCCCACAUACCAGUGGACUCGGCGGCGGGUGUGGCGUCCUCAUCAGGACCUCCACGAUGCAGUCGGCCUCCGCUUUCAGUGGGGGGGUUCCCACACCCACAGGACGCUGCUCAGGUGCCUCGAUGUGGAGACGAGGAACAUCGGACUGCUGGAGCCCACCAAAGACUGUCCGGGCCCCGCGGGGGGAUCCUCCCCGGCGCCUCCAGAGCCCUCAACAGAUCCAACGCAGAUGUUGCCUCUUCUCUCCGUGUAGGAGGACCUUCCUCCCACCCAGCUGGCCUGGAGCAGCCGUGGCCUUAGCAGCUCCCUGGACGGUACGUCCCCCCGCCGAGCCCCCCACUUCUGGGGCUGGAAGUAGAGCCGGUAUCACACGACCUCUGAGAGUCCCCUCUGGGCUCCUCCUCCUCACUUCCUGCUUCUUCUCUUUGUUUUCCUCGCCGUGUUUCCCCUGCGUCACUUCUCCCGUCCGGCGGAGACGGAUCCAGUGUUGAAAGUCAUGUGAUAAUUAUCCUGAUUAAGGGUUUUCAGGGGAAACAUCGUGCCGGCUUCCCUUCUCCUCCUCCUCCAUCUUCUCUGGUGUCCCGUCUUCACACAGACUUUAUCUCAGUAUUUAUCAGCCGCGCCGUGAUAGAAACACUGACGUGUUCAACCCACUGCGCAUUAGUCCGGUAAUGCUUGGAUGGUUCUUUAUCCAAAGAACCAUUUUAAUUGAGUCGACUGGUGGCCAAACGCUCCCGGUAUCAAUGUUCUCCCCGGUGCACGACGAUGCGACACAUAUCAAAGGAUUUCUGCUUUAUUCAAAAGUGACUGUUUAUUUGUUCUUUUCAUGUCUGACAAAAAAAAUGUAUUCUUUGCUCAGGAAUUUUCUUUUUUUAUUAUUGAUAAUCAGAUUAAGUUCAAUCAGUAUUUAUUCAUAGAGGAUUUCUAAUUAAUUGUAAAACGGCAAAAAAUGAUUGUUACAAUUAUUUGUCAGUUAUUGAAAAAUGAUAAAGAACCGAUCUCACAAACAAGAUUAAAAAUGAAACAAUGAAUUAAUAUCAGCAUGAACUAGUUGUGUUGCAGCAGAUAACAAGCUACUGGUAAAACCGUUUAAAUCUAAAUUCCUUUAGAUAUUAACUAUAAGAGGGGCAAAAGAAAAACAUGAUUUAGAUUGAAGUAUUCAGCAACUAAAACAGAAGUAUUUGCACUUCAUACACGUGUAUUCAGCUGUAGUCUUAUAUUUAUUUAUUUUUUCAUACGGUUGUUUUAUGAAAUCUGUCUGUUUUGAUUUAUUAUCAUUAUGUUUAAUAUGUGGCAGAUUAUUGUCAUGAAAGAAAUAAUUGCUACUGCGGUCACUUUAUGCUGCUAUUAUUUAUUUGUUUGUUUUCAUCUCCCUUUGCACCGACUCGGGUCACUUUCUGACCAAUAAGACGACGUGUUCUAUGUUUCAAAUCACACCAGGAGUCACUCAGUAUUUCAUCUAACGCGUUUCCACCGCUGCAGUCUCAGUGUUUCACAAUGACUUCAUGAGGAGUUGUGCCUUUAUGCCAGCAAUUGUUUUCUAAAACACACCUUUAUAGUUUGUGAACAGAAGUCUCUUGUUUUCUUCUGAUUUACGGCUCAAAACCGCAGAGAGCAACAUGUAGGAAAUCCUUGUGAAUACUGAAAUAAAUCCGUCCUCUGCUUGAUUUCUCUUC